AAUCAGCCUUGGCAAGAGCGCUACCAAGAAGGUGGCACGUUCUGAGGAAACGGCAUAGUUCCAGGAACCCGGUGGCUUCCCAGAACGGUCUCCUCCCUGCUUAGGACGUCCCCUGGCUCGCACGAGACCUGCCUCCUCCCCUGGCCCUCCCUCUGGGCAGAGCAGAGAAAGCCCUGGCGGGAGGCCCCAGGGGAGCAGAAGGAGGCGCAGGAGCAGGAGGCAGCAGGGAGUGUCCCAGAAACCGGUAUCCAGGACAAGGGACCCCUGAGGCCUCCCCCAUCAGCCAGCCAUGCGGACCUGGCCCUCUGUGUCCCCCAGACGCAUCCCCCAGCCCUGCAUUCCCAGCAUGCUCGGGAUCCUCCUGCUCCUGGUGGCCUCCCUGAGUGCUCAGAACACAAGCUGGGACAGGCCCUCUUGCACAGAGGGCGUGGUGUCCGUGCCCAGGGGCCAGCCGGCGGCGAUGGCCUGCAACAUCUCCAACACCUUCUCCCGCAUCACCAUCCGGCUGCGCGCCCACGGAAAGACCGUGACCAUCUUCGAGGAGCGGCCCCCGGGACGCUUCUCCAGGGGUGGCUGGAAGCUCCAGGUGCACGGAGGCCGGGCCCGGCUGGUGAUCACAGCCGCCCAGGACGCCCACGCGGGACAAUACGUGUGGCAUCUGCGAGGGCUCCAGAGAACCAACAGAGCCACGUAUCUGAACGUCUCAGCAGAGUCUCAAGACCAGGAGGAGGCAGCAGGCCUGAGGCCGUCCACACCUCCCUGGGGCACUGCAAGCCAGGUCCCAGGCUCAGAGAGGCUGCAAGCCAGGUCCCAGGCCACGCCCCAGGCCAUGGUAGGGGCGCUGGUUGCUGUCCUUCUCUUGAUCCUGGUGGUGGGCUCCCUUGGCUGGUGUUGGCACCGACGUUCUCUGAAGUUGGUGCAGCUGCAGAGGUUCUGAGCCCUGUGAACCAGAGUCCAGUGGGAUCAGAGUCUACCUGGAGCGUGGAUCCCAACCCCACACUCCCACAGUGAGGCUGACACAGGGUGCCACCCUCCCUGCACCUGCAGCCCUUGCAAGCCCAUAUCACCCGGCAUCCCAAGGCCCAUGGAGCUGUCACCAUCUUCUUGGCUGAGCAAAGGAGGAUCCUGAGAGCUUUUGCUGGGCACAGGAGAGCCUGCUCCUGUGCCUGGAUGUAGGUGGUGGAUCUCUUGGGCUCUGUGCAGCAGCUCACUGGGGAAGCCCCUGGAAGCUGGGCAGCAUCCUGCCUGGGUUUCUGUCCAUCACUCACACCAGGACAGGGAGACCCGCCCCUGUGGUCUCCAGCUCCUUUCUGCUGCCUCAACUCUGUCCAAACAUGGAAAAUCUCAAACUUCACAGCCCUUGAUUGACAGGAUCUGCCCUGCCUCUGCUGCUUAUCAAGGGGGGCCCAUGCUCCUCUCCUACUGCUGAAACCCCUGUGCUCCAGGGGCUCCCCACUCCCUGAGAGACCCCAGAGCAAGCCAGGGGACCUCCAGCCUUGGCUUAAGUGGACCGUGGGCACACGCCUGUCUUGACCAAGAACAGAAACAAGUUUUGUGGACCCUGCUGCCAGGGCUCCAGGGACCAAGAUGGGGGGCUCUGGGUCUGAAAUGACGCAUCACCCCAUGCCCACCACCAGGGGGUGACGCAACCCAGCCGCAGAGGCCCUCAGGGAAAGAAAGUGGGAGCAUCACAGGUGCUGGCUGGAGGGAGCUGCUUCCCCAGACAGGACAGACAGGCCCCUCAGACCCCAGACCUCUCCUGGGGGAUCCCCCUGGCUCCCCACUCAGGCCCAUCCCAACCACCACACCCCACUUUUCUUCUUGGGCUCACAUGUGCACGUGUUUUCUUUAUUGCAAUUGUAACUGUGUUAGUCAGGUUGCCUUGCUGUGACCAAAAUACCUGACAAGAACCACUUCAAGGAGGAUGAGUUCAUUCUGGCUCACAAUUUCAGGGGUUUAGUCUGUGGUCAGCCAAGUCCAUGGCUCUAGACCCAAGCGAGACAGAACACUGGUGAAGGCGAUCCCCCACUCACUGUCUUGACAGGGUCACAGUGAGAAAAAGUGCUGGCCAAGCCGCUCUCCCACUGUCUUGACAGGGUCACAGUGAGGAUGAAUGCUGGCAAAGCCACGCUGGUUGGUGGGAAACCGAAACCUUGAGACCCUUUUUAUGUAAUUGGGACUUUUCAUUUUCAUGCUUAUGUUCCUGACAGGAGUCAUGAGUAUGUUAAAUGCCAAACAAAUUAAAUUUCAGAUGGCUAGAAUAUAACAGGUAGUUCAUGCCUUGGAGGCUGUUCUACUACCCCUCAGCAUAUCAAGGACAAAGUAGAAGGCUGUUCUUCUAUCUCAGUACAUUGUGGACAAACCUGAUAACGGACAACAAUCAUCCUUUGAAAGGUCAUGAGAAUUUUAGGCACCACAUUGAUUAUAUCAACUAGAACCCAAGCCCAUAUUUCCGGCCUCUUAGAAAACCUAAUCAGUAUGCUUAUUUCACAAAGUUCACCACAUGCAGUUUCAUUUUUGAUUAAGGAAAGUUAUAUUAUACACUUAGGAAAGUUAAAACAUAUAAAGAUAUAUUCUUCUCUUUUUAUAAACCCUUUCUUACUUUACAUAGGCAUAUAUGACGAGCAUAGUUAAUAUUGGUGGAAAGUGGAUUGAUGUUUAGAACUUACUUUCUUUUGAGAAAGAUUAUAAAGAUAUGAGAACUAGUGCACCUUGACUGAGAAACAAAGAAACUCUUUGAGAAAGCAGCUCAACCAGUUUUAUGAGAAUAAAUUUAGGAAUUAAUUAAAACAGCUUUAUAAGACACAGUUUUAGAAUAAUGUUAGAAAUAUUAUUUUAUUUAGAUUCUUAAGUUUAGAAAUUCUUAAGUUUUUAGUUGUAUAGGUUUCUGAUAUGUUUUAAGAAUGAUUCAUAAACUUUAGGAUGUUUUAAAUAUAAGAUUUAAGGGGACUUUUGUAGAUGGGUAUUUUAGAUUAGAAAUAAAGUACAAGUGUACUUUAGGUUAAUGAUUGGUUAGGAGACUUAGAGUCUGGUUACGUAGUUUGGCAUUAGUUAAUAAGAAAAUAACAUAUCUUGGGAAAAAUAGUAAAUCUUGGGAAAACCUGAAAAAUGUAAAUUAGUGACGUAUUUUAUCAAUGAUUCUGUACUUUUAAUAAUUACAUAACUGAAGUUCAUAUCCUGGAAAAAUGUAAAUUAAUGUUACAUUUUUUGUACCCCCAAUCAUGGUUAAGGAAAUGUCAUGUCUUGGCAAAGUUUUAAAUCGUGUAAUCGAUGACGUGUUCUGAAUCUAUAAUGAUGAGAAAAAUUGUAAUAAAAGAUGACCCAGAGAAAGCUGCAUUAGCGCUCUCUCUCUGGAGAUGGCUCCAA